AUGAGAUACUUAAAAGCGCCUCUGGGUGUGAGUCCAACAACGAUGUUAAAAUACGCAAUCGCAGCGGCCCUCCUGGCCGUCCUUCUCCUAUUAACCAUCAAAACGGCAGAAACCUGCAAUGAAGCCGUCUGCGGCAGCGUCGUCAGCAAAUGCCUGCUCACCAAGUCCUGCAAUUGCGACCUGAAGAACUGCACCUGCUGCAAGGAGUGCUUCAACUGCCUGAGCUACCUCUACAGCGAGUGCUGCUCCUGCGUCGACAUGUGCCCGAAGCCCAACCACACGGGCACCGACCUCAGCAGGAAGUCCCACGUGGAGGACUUCGAGGAGGUGGUUCCCCAGUUGUUCGCCGUUUUAACGGAGCUGCCGGAUCCGCACAAACGCUGGGAGACCAAAACGUUUCCGGUCGAUAUGGAGUUCAAUCACUACGAUCCCAAGAAGGAGAUCAAACUUACCAUGUUGAGCGUGGAACAAGAAGUGGAUCCCAAUAAGCUUACGAUGAUUACCGUGAAUUGCACGGUGGCCUUUUGGGCGCAGUGCAUGAGCUGGACGAAAUGCAAAUCGAGUUGUUUGAGCAUGGGAGCUUCGAGCUAUCGGUGGUUCCACGACGGCUGUUGCGAAUGCAUAGGUCAAUAUUGCCUUAAAUUCGGAAUAAACGAGAGCAGAUGCUCCCAGUGUCCCGGUGGUGAAGAGAGUAAACAGCUAAUCGACGAAGAGGAAGAUGAUUAUGAUUACGGUGAACACGAUUACGAUGAUCAAGAUGAUGAUUGA